UUUAUUUUAUCUGUGUUUUCACUCUUCAAAACACCUCAAGUGUCUUUUGAUGAGGAAACCGAAAAUCUAAAAAUCACUGAUGUGGACUUUGAGUCUAAUAAUGCUCAAAAUUGGUACAUGAACAAAGAAUAUGAGUACCUCGGUGUUGAAGACAACUAUAGUGAAACAAGUGUUCUAUUGUCCAGUUUAAGAUCUCAAAAUGCAACCGUCAUCGAUAACAUGCAAAUGACUCGCAGAAAAUUCUGUGAUUCUUUUAUGAAUAGUAUUUUGACAACCUUAAAGAUCACUUUGGCGAGCAUCGUACAGACAUCUGUUGCCAUGGUAUUUCUCUACGUCAACAUGAAUACAACCUACAGUUGUUGGGAAUGGCAGAAACGCGGCAACAACAACAACACGCUACCAUCAUCUGUAAAGCGCGUCCGCGUUUUGGGAGAUUGCGUGGAAUCAUUUGAAAUUUAUAUAUGGGUCCCACUUACUUUGAUGAUGCUACUUGGUUGGAAGGAGUUCACGACUAAGUUUUUCUCGAUUGUUUAUAUAUAUCUUAUAUCUGGAGAAUUACUUGUUAUUUAUCAACUGAUUUGUUUUCAAUUCAGUGUUAACGAUGGUCCAAAACAUUACUACAGAAUCCCCACAUACAUCUUGUUCUUUGCUUCGUUGUUUUAUGCGUGUUCAAUGUUGCUUAAAACCUUGCGUACCGGCAGGCGUGUUAUUUCCUAUUCCAAUGCACAUAUCAUGUUUUUGUUUCUCGUAAACUUUCUCUUUGGUGGUUUCUAUUCAUACAUCUACAAGUAUUUGAUCAUCCCAGCUUUUGACAAAGUGCGUGAAGACGAGUAUAAAUCUUUAAUUGCUAUCACGUCUCCAGUUAUUGGUGUUUUCCUCAAUUUAGUAUGUUGGUAUAUUGCGUUAUUGAGAAGUUCCGAGGUCAUUCAUCCCGGUCGUAGUUUUGUCCUGGUGUACAUUAUUCCCGGUAGCGUUAUAUUUUUAUUCAGAACAAUGCAGUCCGACUUUAAAAGUACUUGGGUUUUCGUCAGCCUUUCGUUGAUUUCAGCGAUUUUCAACUUUUUAAGACGGGUAACCCUACAGAUUCGCUACAGCUUUUGGAGUCGAGUAUUUCGGGCUUUUUCUUGUUUCCAUUGUUGUAGAAGAUUGCAUGUUUUUCCAUGGAACACUGCUCAUGGAAGGCGGUUAAGAGCUGAUUUAGCCAUCCAGCAUAUGAUGUCCGAAUACAGCUCUCUUGUUUUGAGUCAAGCCUUCUUCAUUUUUUAUCAGUUUCAAAAUUUUGAAAUCGCCACGGAGACCCUUUCAUUGGAAUUUCUCAAAAGGAUCGCAAUUGCCUUUGGUAUUGACUUUAUCUUUCAUUGCUUAUCCAAUUGUAUAGAAAUGUAUUACUACAACUUUCCCAUUGGCCGCGUCUGGAGAAAAAACUGGAAACGACACGUGUUGGCCAAUACAAUUCUCUUGUUGACUAAUAUUGCAUAUUUUAACGAUGAUUUCAUGGCCGUGUUUCGUUCACAUUUUCAAAAAUCUGGAGAGAGUUCUAUGUACGUCGUCAAGAAUUGUUCCUUUUUCUAACUGAAGAUCAGCGGCUCGUGAGGAAUGUCUCUUUGUAUGUUGCCGAGUUGCUUUGGAAUGUUUAGUACAAAUGACACAUAUAUAUUUCUUACGUUGUACAUAUUGAUUUGUCCAGUCAACAUGCUAUCAUUGCUUUAUGAUCAUUUUUACGCAUGUUUAUGUGCAAACAACUUAUAUGUAAAUAACUUGACCUGCAAUCGUUUGAAAUUAUGAAAAUGAUGAAAUA